CCUCCUCGAGACGAAAUCAAAACCCUAUACGUCUCUUCCGCUUCCCCAAAAUUCAUCUACUCUUUUCGGUUUCUCCAGUGGUUUAUACCUGGAGAGGUCACUACCUUGGAACCCUGGAUUUGCGCAACAAGGGAAAGGUAGGUUUUUGGAAAUGGAGAAUAUGGUUGGUCAGAGCUUGGAGGAAAGCCAGCCCGUUGAUCUCUCUCUGCAUCCGUCUGGCAUUGUUCCCAGAUUUCAGAAUAUUGUUUCGACGGUAAAUUUGGACUGUAGGUUGGACCUUCCAGCCAUAGCUAUUCAGGCUCGAAAUGCAGAGUACAAUCCCAAGCGUUUUGCUGCAGUCAUUAUGAGAAUAAGAGAUCCGAAAACCACAGCUUUGGUAUUUGCAUCUGGAAAAAUGGUUUGUACAGGAGCAAAGAGCGAGCAGCAAUCAAACCUUGCAGCGCGGAAGUAUGCUCGUAUCAUCCAGAAGAUAGGUUUCCCAGUUAAAUUUGAGAAUUUCAAGAUCCAGAACAUUGUUGGUUCAUGCGAUGUAAAAUUUCCUAUAAGGCUUGAGGGCCUUGCCUAUUCUCAUCAAUCUUUCUGUACUUAUGAACCAGAGCUCUUUCCUGGUCUGAUCUAUCGGAUGAAACAACCAAAGGUUGUACUUCUCAUUUUUGUUUCCGGAAAGAUUGUCCUCACUGGUGCGAAGGUGAGAGAUGACAUAUACACUGCAUUCGAGAGUAUCUAUCCAGUCCUUAAAGAAUUCAUGAAGAUAUCAACGGUAUGGAAGAUUGUUGCAAUACAAUAUGUGCAUGCUCACAUUAAAAUAGAAAACUUGUGUGACUCAAAACAAUAUUGGCCUAGUGAUAAUCAGCGAUUUAAAAAGGCGCUCGGGCGAGGCGAGGCGAGGCCCGAGCGCAUCGCUAAUCUCCCAGGCGGCGCGCUUCAAACAGGCGCCGCCUGGGCGCUUGCCCGAGCCCAGGCGCUGGGCACUUCGGGCGAGCGCCUGGGUUAACCAAGGCGACCGAACCAGGAUUUUAGCUCUGGUUCGGUCCUGGUUCGGUCUCCGAUGGUUAGUUGGUUCAAUCGAAUCAACUAAAACUGCUAUAAGUGACAACCAAACCCUAACCCACGUCGCUGCCGCUCCCGAUCCCGAUCCCGCUGC